AUAAUUUCUGUAUUUUAAUCCAUUUUUUGAUUAUUUUAAUCCAUUUUUCUUAGGCAAACAGCUUUACAUCUGCAUAUGGUUUACAUUUUGCUUUGAAAAUAUUGCAAUUACUAAUUCAUCGCAAUAAUAAAAGAAAGCGCAUACGCUCUUCACAUGCAUAUAUAUGAACACACAUUCAAGAACAUGCAAUACAAAGUCAUCUCAGUACCUCCAUUAUCACUGUCACAUUUAACUGCUGGUAGAACUCAACUAACUUUGAAAAAUAUCAACUUCAAACAAACACUAAAGCGAUUGCAAAAACUGUAUCUACAGUUAAGUUGAAAAAAUUCAACAGUGCCAAUUAAUGGCCAAAUGUAUCCAACUGAACGAGGAUCUAUCAGUAAUAGAUUAACCAGAUUAAUGUGUACGUAACAGUCAAAGCAAGGUACAUUGUCACUGUUAGUUUCAAAGUCCACAUAAUAUGAACGUCUCUUUAUACUGCACACAUGGUUUAUGAAUGAAGUCUGAAUGAAAGAGGAUUUUAAGGGAAAAUAAGGUAAGUGACAUAAAAUGAAAUCAAUCUAAUUAUUUAAGCGUAGACUGCUUACAGGAAUAAAAAGAACAAAUCCUUGAUCAUGAUUUAAAAAGGAAUGCACAAAUGCAUGACCACCAUAUCAUAUUAUUAUGCUACAGAAAAAGAAUACAAUGCACAUCUAGACUGAUGGAUAACUGACAACAACCAUUUCAUAAUGUGUCCUUUAUAAAAGGUAUUCUUAAAAAAAAUUAAAAAAAAAAUAAAAAAGAGAAAAUUGGUCAUCAAAAAACCCAUUGCAAAUUCAAUAAGGAAUAUCAGCAUGUACGGUAUUCAAUGUCGCCUGUAACUAAAUUGGUAUGUUAACAGCUCUCGCAUGUCUGUCUUCGUACUGAAAUUAUUUCAAAAAAUUGAUUUGGGCACGGAUUGAAUAUGAGGGAGAAAGCUUGAACUGCACAUGCAAGAACGUAAAUAAAUUAAUCACAGGAAAUCUCAUUCCAAAAUUACCCACGAUCUCUCUCUGAGUACCUUAAAAAAACCCAAAAACUUCCUGAAGUUCAGGUGUCACUGAUAACUUAAAAUCAACUACUUAUUUGCCAAUGUAGUUUUCCAUUUGAAAAACCUCUGAUUUUAAUCAUCCAGUAUUCCUGUUAGACAAUUAAUGUGCACCAAGACCCCUGCAGAUACUGGAUUACACAAAAGUACAAAGAGAAUGAGAAGGCUUAUUUAUGAACAAUUAUAGUAACUUUAAGUGAUACUUAGGUAUCUCUCCCCUCUCCAUCCACCAGUCUAUGCUUUUCUUUUCCACUAACUAUGCCAUAAGUCUAAAAGGUUGUACAGUAUACAUUUCCAAAGUCUCGAUUUCACAUGGGGUUAGAACCUGCAGCAUUGGCAAUUUCAGCUCUUCUUUUUUUCAUUAAGACACACUUAUAUUUAUCUGUAUCAGAAAGCCCUUUUGGAUUAGUCUAUUUAAACUUCAGUGGUAGCUGAUGAAAGACAUAUUCUAAGCUGUUUUCUGCUGUGAAAAAGUGCUCCUUUAAAAGCUACUUCUCCCUAAAACAAGAUUUACUUCCUGAAACACAGUCACUCAAUAAUAGCAGCGUGUAUUUGUCACCAUUCUCUUCUUCCACCCCUAGUUCUCCCUCCUUCUCAUAACCUACUCUCCCUGCAUGCCAGUGCUGUUUUUCAUGGUUAUUUCCCAACUCCGCCCUUGCCUGUUGUCUCUCCUUAGCUUUACCUGCUUUACUUGUUCCUAAAACUCUUCUCACAUUGGAUUCUUUCCCAGCUCUUCAGUUUCUGCCAGUGUCGGAGUGCAGCCUGUUAGGUUGCUCUCGUACCUGUGACACCUUCCAUGAGGUCUUGUUAUUUCUAAGCAACUGACUGGGAAGGAGAGCAAAUAUCCAUCUUUGCAUCAGAGAGAGGUAUAUGUGCUGUAGUGAAUGUCUAUCUACACCACACACUCCUCAAAACAUUUCAGGCAGGGAAGGACGCUCAAAAGACAUUCAAUUUUCUAAUUUUUGCUGAUAUAUGGGGGUUUUUUAAGUUAUCUGAAAUGGCUCGUGUUAUUUGUUCCUUCACUUAGUGACAGGUUUGUGGAUAAAAGCAUAGACAAUGGUGGAGAGCAAUGAGAUGACCAUCAACCUUGUUGUCCUUGGAAGAACUCAGACUGGUAAAAGUGCUGCUGGGAACAGCCUGCUGGGCAGCUCAGACUUUGAGACUCAUCGCUCCCCAAGCUCUGUGACUACCUGCUGCAGCCUUGGACGCAGCUGCCGAAUUUCGGGGAUUAUACGAAGAAGUGGCUGUGAGCUAGCACUCCGUGUUCAAGUACUUGACACUCCAAGCUACCCCCACAGCAGUCUGAGCAAAGAGCAGGUGACAGACACAGUGAGAUCAGCCCUGGCUCACCACUUCGGGGAGGAAGGCCUGCAUCUAGCUCUCUUGGUCCUCAGAGCUGACUUGCCUCUGUGCCCAGAUGAAAGCGAUCACACAAUUCAGUUCAUCCAGGAACUUCUGGGUCCCACAUGGAAGGAUUUCACUGCAGUUCUACUUACUCAUGCAGACAAGGCAGAAGAGGCUGGAUUCAGUGAGGAAGCAUAUUUGCACAGUGCCUCAAGUACCCUGUUGUCACUUUUGAGCUCAGUACAGCACAAAUACAUUUUCCUAGACAACCAGAAGACCAUAAUUAAAGAGGAAAGAGCUAUUGUCUUAAGAAAGCUCUUGAAUUUUAUAAGACAAAAUAAUUAUCAAGUGCUUCUACCUAAACACAGCAAGGAAUAAAAUUAGCUUUCAGGUAUUCAUUUGUCUAUUUUCUAUGGUAGGUAACAUUUAAUAAAAGAAAUAAAAGAAUAGAAACCAUCAGCUGGAAAAUUGCACAUCCAUACCAAAUACCUUUGAACACACAGUUGGAAAUAUCUCUUUAGAUUACUUGCCUUUCAUACAGUAGCUCACACUACUGCAUCCAGAAUUCUAGCUUCAACCACAAAAUCAGAACAAGCUAGUGCUCUAUAUCACGCUCCUAAUACGUAUGUAGUCACAAAUGAGUGUUUAUGCUACAGCAGAUUGUAUAUUGCAAUUCAUACAGAACACAGAUCUGGAAGAAAAAAAAAAAUAAACGUGCAUGAGCUCAGACUGUAAGGGAGUCUCUUUGCUCAAUUCUUCAAGCUUUCAGAAGUUCCUCUGAAUUCCAAAGUUUGUAAAGAGCUUUCCAGUAUUAAAAGCUAAGAUUUAUCCGCUGUAAAAGUAUUUCCUUACCUUGAUUCAGGAUUAAUUAGAAUUGAGAUUUUGAACUUUAAGAAUUUUGUUUAAUAAGAAAUUAUUGGAUAUGUAGUUUACAAGGCAGAUAAAAAAGCUCCCAUGUGCUUAAAGCUAUUCAGCACAUUUAAAAGUACUAAUUACUAUUGCUUAUUCCCAGAUGCAUGAAAAAUUAACACAGUUUAUAGGCACAUACAAAACUAAUUCAAAAAAGAAAUCUGUUCAUCUCCUCUUUUAUGCCUGUUCCUUUUAAUUUUAUAUCGUUGUCAUUUUGUUUUCUCUCUCAGCUU